GUAUGUUCAUACCGUUGUAUAUGUUUAACAAAUAUGUGCAUAUUUCACAAGGGUUAUCAGAUGAGUGAUCUUAUGGAAGAAGACUGCAAGAACAGCUAUUCUUGCCAGGAAACAUCUGCAGAAAAAAAUACGUCUCCUGCUAAGGACAGCUCAGUAAGACGCAAAAAAUUGCAAAAACUUGAGAAACAAUUAAAAUGCUUAGCCUUUCAAAAUCCAGGACCUCAGGUAGCUGACUUCAAUCCUGAAACUAGACAGCAGAAAAAGAAAGCAUGCAUGUCACAGAUGAAACAAAAUUUUUUUUAUGAGUCCAAAUUUACAAAGAAGUAUGACAAAUAUGGCAGGCUGCUUUGUAAUGGCAUGGACUUAUGUGAUUGCCUGGAAGUGGACUGCUUGGGUUGCUUCUAUCCUUGUCCCAAAUGCAAUUCAAACAAAUGUGGACCAGAAUGUCGCUGCAAUAGAAAAUGGGUUUAUGAUGCGAUUGAGACUGAAUCUGGAGAUGCGAUCAGUGUGCUACCAUUUUUUGUCCCUGACUGA